CUCUGCUGGGAAGAGCAGUCAGAAAAGAGGGCAGAAUAGGAGGGUUCUGAAACAACAAUUGUAAAGAAAGAAAAGAUUCAUAGAAUGAGGAGGAAUGGUAACCUGACCAUCCUUGGAUCAAUAAAAUCUUGGAAGUCACUGUUGGAUCUAAAGAGGAAGGACCAAAUAUCAACUGCUGCACUCUCUACAUCGAGCAGAAGAAGAAUCCCAACUGUUUUCAAUCUUGUUCGUUUAUAUUCUACAGAAGAGCUGCAGCAGCCUCAAUUAUCUGUUGACCUAAUUAAAAUGAUGGAACAAAGAUUAUCAUCAAUUGAGAACAGAAAUCUUCAUCUUCAGCGUUUUCUAAAUCAGCCAGAGUUAACACCUUCUGAAUAUUCAACUGCCAACAAAGAGCUCAAGAAACUCAGAGAUUCAGUACAUCUCAUAACCGAGUUAAGGGCAAAACAGAAGGAGAUUCAGGAACUGAAAUCGGUAAUUUCCGAAUGCCAAGAUGACAAGGACAUGCAGAAGAUGGCUUCUGAGGAAUUGAGUGAAGCCACAGAAGGAGAAAAAGAAUUGCAGCUUCUCCUUCUAAAAUCAUUACUACCCAAAGACGAUGCUGACGAGAGGGACUCCAUUCUCGAAGUGAGGGCAGGAACUGGAGGGGAAGAAGCUUCUUUGUUUGCAAUGGACAUAUUCAAAAUGUACGAAAAAUAUUCUGCGAAGAAAGGUUGGAAAUACGAGGUUCUAGAAAUAGCUGAGUCUGAUCUUAAAGGAUACAAAGAAGCUAUUGCCUCUAUAUCUGGAUCUGGUGUGUACGGGAAACUAAAAUUCGAGAGUGGAAUUCACAGAGUUCAGCGAGUGCCCGUGACAGAGAAAGGUGGACGCGUUCACACCAGUGCUGUCUCCGUUGCAAUUCUACCGCAGGCAGAUCAGUUAGAUGUGAAAUUGAGGAAUGAAGAUUUGAGAAUUGAUACUUACAGGUCAGGAGGAUCAGGAGGUCAGCAUGCGAAUACCACAAACAGUGCUGUGAGAAUCACUCACGUGCCAUCGGGGAUAACUGUUUCCAUACAAGACGAGCGAUCCCAGCAUAUGAACAAGGCCAAAGCACUAAAAAUAUUGUGUGCAAAACUAUAUGAAAUCGAGCGACUCAGAUUUCAGUCGAGUAGAUCAAAACUUCGAUUAGAGCAGAUUGGCAGUGGGGACAGAUCUGAACGGAUCCGCACCUAUAACUUCCCUCAAGGACGGGUUACUGAUCACCGUGUUGGCAUUACAACUCAUUCCAUAGAUGAUGUUAUGCAGGGAGAGGAUUUGGAUACUUUCAUUGAUGCUCUCCUUUUGCGGGAGGAAAUGGACGCGAUUGCAUCCUUCAGCUCCACCUAAUGUUAGCUGUCAGCAAUCUCACUGCUACCUGUCAAAUACUUUAGAUGGAGGGAAGUUUUUUAGGUAGGGAAGCUGGAAAUAAAUGAAGUGCAUGCUAUGUGCGCGGCAGGUCCUUUUAUUUCUUUUCCUUGGUUCAGCCUCCAGAUUGGGCUAGAAGAUCAUCUUCUUGACUUUGUGUUCAUGUGAGUACAUUUCAACUCAUUCAUUUGUCGUUUACACCAGAACAUGUUUAUUUGUUAGUAUAUACUUAUGUUGGUUACCUGCUCUUAUACCUAAAAGAGGUUAUCAUCUGCUAUAUCCUUGAAUCUGAGUGCUAAGAGUUGUUGAAGUUUUGAUGUUCAAUCAGUUUUCUUUCUUGCUUAUAAUUUUGGGAAGAGUACUGCAAUCAGUCUUUAAAGUGUUUGAUAUGCAGUUCUAUGUCUAUCUCUUGUGAAACUUUUUUGUGAGGAACGGAACAAAGGGAAAAAUGAUAUACAGACUGCUAGUUUGGAGAAUGAGGGUGUGGUUCUUACACAUGCUGAAUCAUUUUAGUAUGUACUUCUGUUAAUUGUUUGAUUCUGGUUUAUCCAUUAGUCAUUCCACUGAGUUUUUCCUUUUUGGUCAAUGAUAGAUUCUUGAAAUUUUCUGUGCUAUGAAUGUAGUCAUCCAAUACUAGUAAUUCGCCUAGGCUUUUGGCUGGAAAAUUUGUCAAAUCUUAACGUGAAUACAGGCACCAGAAGACGAAAGUUCAACUGAACUCCAUGACUGCUAGUCAAUCAAUUUUGAGUGUUCCUCCAAGGAAUAAAGAGAAAUAAGUAGGACAAAGUUUAAUCUAUCAUCUGUUGUCUUGAACCCUGUUCUACCGGUCUAAAGUAACUCGAGAAAAGUUGAGAAUGCUAAAAUCUUAGGCUUUUCUAGUGAUGGGAAUUGCUUAAGAAAUAUUUAAAGUCAAAAGAUAUCCAUCAGGGGGAAUUCAAAGUUUCUAAAACAGAGUUCAUUCUAGUUACAGGGUCGCCAGAAGGUAGGAGCUUUUUCCAGGAGAGAAAGAUUGAGGGUUUGGAGCAGCUUCUCGAGUGUCCGUUGAUUCAACCUAUGGCAUGAGAAGAUGGCAAACUAAAAUCAAGGAUAAGUUUGAUAUCAAAGAGAUCUAAAUUCAUCGAGCACUGCAAAAGUAUGUGCAAUCGAGUAGUUUCUGACAAUAUACCAUACUAGAAUAGUCCAGUUAACUCCAUUCACUUGCUUGCGAUUUUUUAAGUAUUUGAGACUUGACUCUCGUUACAAGAAAAUGAGCAACUAAGAGAGAUGAUGUGGAUUCAUUGUUAGACACCAUAGAGGUUCUUGUAAGAAGAACAAGGACAUACUUUUUGCUCUUUUUGAUCUGUUAUAUGGCUACUAGCACAGUCCUUUGUGCUUAAGAUAUAUAAGAUUGUUAACCUUCUCAAAAGAAAAGAAGAUGAGCAACUAAGAGAGCUGCAGAUGGAAAAAGAGUUCUUCUCUUUCAUCAAUAUAAAAAGAGGGAGCAACAUUCUUUGAACACACUAUCUCACUGUAAAAAUAUAACUUGCAAAUUCUAAUUUGUUAAUCAUCCAUGCUUGAUCAAACAUCAAAACAUGUCAAGACAAUUCAAUCUAGCCCAGUGAUUUUAAGAGCGAGAAGCGCAAAAAAGCGACAAGGGCUCGCCUCGCUUCAAAAGCGAAGCGCAAUUCUUAAAAAACAUAAUGUAAACCUUGCAAAGACACAAUUUAAAAUUAUAAAUAAUCAAAAAGUUCAAUUUAUAAACUUAAAAGUAGGUACUAGGUACCACCAAAUCCUCCACAAACCAUAGGACACGCAAAAUCAAAGCUACUAAAUUACUAGAAUCAACAUCUUAUUCUUCUACUCUUCUUGUUCUUCUUCAAGAUUGUCAAAAUCUUGAAUUCCUCUAUUAUCUUCAUAUUGCUCGUCAUCUUCUUCUUCCCCCUCCUCUUCCUCUUCAUGAUCACUUUCAUCUUCAUCAAUUAGGGAUAGGGAUCGACUUGUAGUAGCCACACUUUUUCCCUUCCUAAUCGAGCUUGAACUUGAAGUAUUCCCCCUUAAACCAUAAGGAUUCUCCCCAACUCCACUAGCAACCGCAACAUCACCCCAAGUGAAAUUAGAGUCGCCUUCAAAUACUUCUUCAUCUUCACAAUUUUCGGGGACUCCGGUUAGCCACUCAUUAUCCUCAUCAAUAUUGUCCAAAAUAAUUGGAUCAAUUAGAUUGCGGUGGUUGUAGCGACGCCUCAAUGCUCUAUUGUAUUUUAUGAACACUAGAAUAUGGAGGCGCUUCAAGGUUAGUCGAUUCCUCUUAUUUGUAUGAAUCUGCAAACAAGAUGUGUCAACUAAUUAGUAGGAGUUGGGACAAUUGAGAUAUAAUUUACUUUAUCUCAAAACACGAAAUAAUUCUUUUUAUUUCUAACGUGUUCAAAAACGCCCCAGUUCCUUUUACAUCCGGAUGAGCUACAAGUUAAACUUAGAACUUUGAUGGCGAAAGUCUGUAAAUCCGGAGUCUCUACACCAUAUUGGUCCCACCACUCAACUAUAGAAGUGAAAAAAAAUAUUCAAGAGUUAAUAAGUAUAAA